AGGGGCAGGCAGCACGCAGCCAGGCAGCCAAGAAGCCACCAGCCCAGCCAUGGUCCCUGAGAUGAGCGAGCGCCAAGAGUUCCAAACCUCAGAUCUUGUCCUCUUCCUGGAAAACUGUAGCUCUUCAUAUGACUACGGAGAGAAUGAGAAUGACUCCUGCUGUGCCUCCCCACCCUGCCCCCAGGACUUCAGCCUGAACUUUGACCGGGCUUUUCUGCCAGUGCUUUAUGGCCUCCUCUUCGUGCUGGGGCUGCUGGGCAAUGGCGCCGUGGUGGCCGUGCUGCUGAGACAGCGGGCAGCCCGCAGCAGCACCGACACCUUCCUGCUCCACCUGGCCGUGGCUGAUGCCCUCCUGGUGCUGACCCUCCCACUCUGGGCAGUGGACACAGCUGUCCAGUGGGUCUUCGGCUCCGGCCUCUGCAAAGUGGCAGGUGCCCUUUUCAACAUCAACUUCUACGCAGGGGACCUCCUGCUGGCCUGCAUCAGCUUUGACCGGUACCUGAGCAUUGUGCAUGCCACCCAGCUCUACCGCCGGGGGCCCCCAACCCGUGUGGCCCUCACCUGCGUGGUUGUCUGGGGCCUCUGUCUGCUCUUUGCCCUGCCAGACUUCAUCUUCCUGUCAGCCCACCAUGACGAGCGCCUCAACGCCACACACUGCCAGUACAACUUCCCGCAGGUGGGCCGCUCUGCUUUGCGCCUCCUGCAGCUGGUUGCUGGUUUCCUGCUGCCCCUGCUAGUCAUGGCCUACUGCUAUGCCCGCAUCCUGGCUGUGCUGCUGGUCUCCAGGGGUCAGCGGCGGCUGCGAGCCAUGCGGCUAGUGGUGGUGGUGGUGGUGGCCUUUGCCCUCUGCUGGACCCCCUACCACCUGGUAGCCCUGGUGGACACCCUCAUGGACCUGGGGGCCCUGGCCCGCAACUGUGGCCGAGAAAGUCAUGUGGAUGUGGCCAAGUCUGUCACCUCAGGCCUGGGCUAUAUGCACUGCUGCCUCAACCCACUGCUCUAUGCCUUUGUGGGGGUCAAGUUCCGUGAGCGUAUGUGGAUGGUACUUAUGCGCCUGGGCUGCCCAGAGCAGAGAGGCCACCAGCGGCAGCCACCAUCUUCCCGCAAGGAUUCAUCCUGGUCUGAGACCACAGAGGCCUCUUACUCAGGCUUGUGAGGCUGGAUGAAGGUUCCCCUUUCACUAUGCAGCCUGACUUGCCCCCGCACAGCACGCUCCUCCCCCUUUCCUGUAGCCUUCCCGUUCACACUGCUGGGAUUGCCCUGCAGCCCCAGUUGGGCCUCCCAGGGAGCCUCACUCUCCCGCCUCUGAGGGCUGUGCCAUUGCUGCUCCUUAACUGCCAAGCCCUCAGUGACAGCCUGUCCCUUCAGAGGUGACUGCCUUCAGGCCCUUAUUACCUUGGCUGCCUGGAGUGCCACCACCCUUCUAGUUUGGUAAUUAAACCUUGGCCUUCCCUGCAUACAGGGAGCAUGAGGCAAACAGCUUAGUGGAAGCUGCCCAGUGGCCCAAGCCUCCAGCUCAGCUGUGAUUGUGGUCCACAAGACCUCUGCAUUUGCUCAUGUUUGUGUCUAAAAUUCUGCUUAAAACUUUUCAAUAAACAAGAUA